CAACGGCGACUUCAACACAAAAGUCAGUCGAGUGCAGCUUCAUAUUCUUCAACUCCUGUACACCUCUACAGGGCGACAGUUGACUCUCGACGCACCAAUUUCUUCGGCCAAGAUGGUUCUUGCAGCUGUUGGGCAGAUCUGCUCGACUGCGUCGAUGAUGCAUAACCUUGCGCAAUGUCAAAGGCUUGUUCACCGGGCUGUAGAAGCUGGAGCCAAGGCCCUGUUCCUCCCUGAAGCCUCCGAUUACAUAGCCUCAUCACCGGCCGAGUCAUUGUCGCUGUGUCAAGAUGUCACCAAAAGUCUCUUCGUGCGUGGCCUGCAGCAGGCCGCUCGAGAAAACAGAUUACCCAUCAACGUGGGGAUCCACGAGCCAACAGAGCCGCCCUCGAAAAAGAUUAAAAAUACCUUGAUAUGGAUCGAUAAGGAAGGCGAUAUCGUCCAUAGAUAUCAGAAACUACACCUGUUUGACAUUGACCUGCGACCGGAUGGCCCAAGAAUGAAGGAGAGUGAUUCUAUCGAAUCUGGGUCCGAGGUGACACAGCCAUACCCGUCAGUGCUCGGAAACGUUGGCAGUCUGAUCUGCUUCGAUUUGCGCUUUCCUGAGCCUGCGCUACGUUUACGUCGAUUAGGCGCCGACGUAGUGGUUUACCCGUCAGCAUUCACUGUGCCUACAGGAAAGUUGCACUGGGAAAUCCUGCUGCGAGCAAGGGCCAUAGAGACACAAAGUUGGGUGAUCGCAGCCGCGCAAUGUGGCCGGCACAAUGAAAAGCGGGUGAGUUUUGGGGAUACUAUUGUCAUCAAACCAACCGGCGAGGUCGCCGGACGACUAGACAGGGUCGAAGAUCUGAACAGUGAAGAGGAAAACGCACGCAAGCCAGACUUACUAACCGUCGACAUCGAUUUGGAGGCCGUCAAAGAUACGAGACGGACGAUACCUUUGCAGAGGAGGACUGAUGUGUACCCUGAAAUUUGAAUGAUUUCUACUCGGCAAGCUGCCUCAGAACAUGCUUCGGCGAUGACUACUGUCGUCUCCUUUGACCGGCACUCGCCUCUUUCAUGUAUCUCCCUCUUACUGGUGAGAGAUCACUGCGUGAUGACAAGAAAGUUGUAUCGAAUUCACUUGACUGCAAGACGAAGCGACUACCAGCCAACAAGGUCAUGGCGAUUCUCUUUGUAUAUACAACACGAAGUACUCUGGAGGUAUGAGCGUUGAAAGUGUGGCGUCAUUGACUUGGUACACGCAUAGACCUAGUUCUGAAGGGAUAUAGAGUACAUAAAGGACACCAAGUCCGGAGAGGAAUUGCAUUGAUCCUGGAGGCUUCUCGUCCUCUUGUACGAAUACGAAAUAUCUGAUCGACG